AUGGCAAAGUUGAUGGACCACUUGGAAAACGAUAUCACAAUAAUAGAAGAUAAAUGUCAAAAAAUUUGUCAAACAGCCGAAAACAAUAGCCAAUACAAUGGCAGUGGCCCAAAUUAUUUUGGUACAGGAGUCACCAGAUUUCACACUUGUUCUCAAGGGUGUACAUGUAUUGUUCCAACCUUACAAAAUAAGACCUCGAUUUGUGCAGCUUGCAAAACACCCUACAAUCCCAAUGUUCAGACAAUAUUAUUAUCAAUCAGAGAGGUUUACCGAGAGAAAUUUAAAAACAAAAAAGUUGCUGAGAUGGAAUGGCUUAAUGUUAAUCGAUACAUUGAAAACUUACGAGCACAGGAGACAGACAGAACCUCAGAACAUUUACAAUGUAUGCUGAAUGAUGGUUUAUUUGAUUUAGAAAACUCCAGAAAAAAGGAGAAAGUUAUUGACAUUCCAUUUGUUAUUGUCAUGGACUCCACUUCAAUCUCAGAGUCGACUGAUUUGGAAUACAAUGCGAUUGGGGGGUUUAAUCUUGCCGAGAAUUCUCUGCAAAUGAAAUCAAAGGAAAAUGUCCAUCCGAUAUACAUUUAUCCUAAAAUAAAAUUACACGAACCUUCAAAUGAACGGAUAAUUAUUCAAGAAAACAAUACUGAAUCUUCUGAUGACAUUUUUGACCCAGGAGAUUUAUUAGAUCCUGAAUAUAAGGACAAAAAUGAUAACGUUAAUGAGGAUGAGGGAGAUGUGACAGCAUGUGGCGUUUUUCAGCCUCUUGUUGAUGAGUUUACUUCAUUAUCAAAAUUUGGUUUUAAAGUAUAUGAUGCUUUUAACAAGGAGGAGAUUACAGUGAGAGUUCAUUGGCUUUAUACAAUUGGAAACUUGGCUUCUAUUUCUGAGUUAUUAGGUGGGAGGGAUGCAGGAAACUUGCGGUGCUGUGUCCGCUGUAAUAUAUUCAAGACACCAUUAAUUUAUAAAGAAGGGAAGUUUACUAGAAGCGUGCUGAGUUUCAUUCAUAGUCCUUGUCAUCAUGAGGAACUAAGCCCUUCGGAAUUUAUAACAACAAAAAAGAAAAAUGGUGUUUAUGAUGAAAAUGAAAAGAUGGAUUUAACUAAUAGCUAUUACAAGUCCGAGAUUUUACCUUAUUUUGAUAAAAAAACUGGGAAAGUCUCUGACAUUUUGAUGGCUAGCCGGCGAGAGAUACAUGAUCUUCAGGAACCCAAGAACAAAAUGAAAAAAUCAACCCACAUUGGAUUCAAAUUAAAAUCACCUCUUUUUGACCUUCCUUAUUUUUCUUUACCCUAUUCGUUUCCUCCAGACGUUAUGAAUACACAGGCAGUUAAUAUUUUGAAGCUUUUACUGUCAAUUAUUUUAGAUCCAUCUUGUGAAGGAAAACUAAAGGAUCAAAUAGGCGAGAAGGUUGUUAUAUCCGGAUUUGUAUUCAAUGAAGAACAAAUGGAUGCUUAUUUUGAAUUUCUUGGUUUGUUGGAUGAGCACACUCCACAAGCUUUCAGAGACAACAUCUGUAAACCAGAAAAAAAGACGGCUACUCUAACAUAUUGGCUUGAAUCUGCAGCUCAGGGUGAAGCUUUAUUGAAAUCAUUAUAUUUACUUCGAGAGUUUAUUCCCAAUCUAACAGAAAGACAAGAAUAUUUACUAUUUCUUUAUUCGCAAAUGGCAGUUCUAAUGAUGAUAAACAACUCAAGCCAUAUAAAUAAGGACCUUAACUUGGACCUUGUACAGGCAUCUUGGAACAAUGUCAUCCGAACUUUUGAGAGGUUAGUGACUUGGGGGUAUAACCUAAAUGGAUUUAUAGGUACAUUGCCAUUGCACACCAUGCUUCAUACACCUAGCUAUUUGAAAAAAGUUGGUCCACUUAAAACAUUUAGCUCUUAUGCUACCGAGCAAAUGGUCAAACCAGUUAAAGAAUUACAGCAAAAAUAG